GUGCCUGCACAGCGCACGAUGCGCCAGCCGGGUGCUGCUGUUCCUGCUGAACAACCUGUAUGCCAUUCCGGUGUACCUGGUGUGGAUGGCGCUGCUGUCGCCGCUGCACUGGCUGGCGCCACACUUCUACUGGUGGUUCGAGGGCUUCCUCUUCCACAGCCUGGUGCAGAUGGUCGGCAUCCUCAGUUACACGGCCGGCUAUGACUUGACGGAGCUGGGGGACACGAUCGACGACCUGUUGGGCGACAGGUGCCUGUUUCUGGCCAACCACCAGUCGACAGCCGACGUGCCGGUGCUGAUGGCCAUGCUGUCCUCGCGCCGCUACGCUGCCGACCACAGCAUGUGGAUCAUGGACGCCAUGUUCCGGUGGACCCACUUCGGUGUCGUGUCACAGAUCCGCGGAGACUUCUUCGUUGAGUCGGGAAAAGACAAGAGGGAAAAAUCAGUGGAAGAACUGAAGGAAUUCCUUGCAAAGCAAUACUUAUCUUUGGAUAGGAAGUGGAUACUACUUUUUCCAGAAGGCGGAUUCUUACGAAAGCGCCGGGAAGCCAGCCAGAGGUUCGCGCAGAAGCAAGGCCUGCCGCACCUGCAGCACGUGACGCUACCGCGGCUGGGCGCCGCGCGCGCCGUGCUCGACCAGCUGAGGGCCGGCCAGCAGGCCGAAAGCCGGCCACGCCAAUGGCCACGGGGACCGGCCGAGCCGCGCCGGCCUGCGCUGGGUGGUGGACGUGACGGUGGCGUAUCCGGAGCCGGACCGACCGCUCCACCUGCUGGACGUCAUGGCCGGCUCGCUGCCGCCCUGCAAGGUGUACCUCUACUACCGCGUGUACAGCAUCGACCAGGUACCGACGGACACCGAGGGCCUCACCGGCUGGCUGUACGGCCUCUUCUGCGAGAAGGAGGCGGCGGCUGGCCGAGUACUACCGGACGGGCCGGUUUCCCGCCGCUGGCGGGCGGACGCCGCGACGCCGACCGGCCGCCGCUUGCCGCCGCGCAGUCUCCAGCAGGACAUGUUGGGCUGGCUGCUGCGGCAGGCGUUUCUUCCUCGGCUCUUUGGUGCUGCAGCUGCGCGCCGGCUGCGCGC